AUGGCCAGCCCCCCCUCAACUCCUCACAAUCGUAAUCCCAGAUCAAAAAAUCCGUGCAAAUCCGCCCGUCGGGAUCCCGCUCCCGCAUCUGAUCGCCGCCAGGGAUCCAGAAACGCCUCAAAGAAAAGGAAAGUCACGGUCUCCUCAGAUGAUGAUGCUCCCGAUCCACACAAUCCAAGCCAAACAGAUACUACAACCAAAUAUCCAUUUUCUGGAACCACACAAGUCGCCAGCCGCACCGGCGAAAUUGUUGUAAUUGACACUGCCCAGGAUUCUGAAGAAGAGAACGGCAAGAAAUCAGCAAGACCGCAGAAGAAAAAGGAUGCGGAUGAAGAUAAAGACGGUUACGAUCAUGUUCGGCUAUACUUUUAUACCCCUGGUAGUGGUCCAAAACAGGUAAAAUCAUUUGAUUACCAAUAG